UAUCAUUUGUAUUACUUGGUGCAUGGGCAUUUGUAUAACCUGCUUUUGCUUUUGGUAUUCAGAGUAAUUGCAUUUUAUAGUGCCAUUUCUCUCUUUGUAGAGUGUAGUAUUUUUGUUCAUGUAAUAUAAAAACUGAUUUCUAACUUGAGAACUGUUUGAAAUUGCAGAGUAAUUCUUUAUCAUUUUUAGUGAUUCUUAUUCUUUCAUUGGUGAUGGGAAUAGUUCUCAAUUACACCAUGUUCUUGUGUACUAUAGUCAACUCCGCUCUAACAACAACUAUUGUGGGAGUCCUCAAAGGUGUAGGGUCCACGACCCUUGGUUUUGUGUUUCUGGGUGGUGUGCAAGUACAUGCUUUGAAUGUGACUGGAUUGGUCAUCAACACAGCUGGUGGCUUGUGGUAUUCAUAUGCCAAAUAUCAGCAAAAGAAGAGCAAGCCACCAAAACUAACGUCAGAUGUGGAGGCUCAUCGUAAAUGAACUUGUGAUGGAAGAUUAGUACCUGUGAUGAACUGCUAUUCAUGUUGUUUUCUGUUCUUCUAACAUUUUGGUUCUGUUACAUUAUAUCAAUGACCAAAAGAGAAAAAAUGAAGCAAUAUUCAAAUGA